AUGAAGGAAGUAGUUAGGGCUGAGGAGGGCAUCGUGUCGGGACACAGAAUAUCAGCAAAGGAUAUUGAGGUGGACAGAGCAAAGAUUCAGGUGAUCGAGAAAUUACCGCCACCAACAUUAGUGAAAGGUGUUCGUAGCUUCCUUGGGCAUGCCAAGUUCUACAGAAGCUUCAAAAAGGAUUUUUCAAAAAUUACUAAACCACUGUGCUAUUUGUUGAUGAAGGAAUCCACAUUUGAGUUCACAGAUGAGUGUUUGAUGGCUUUUAAUACCUUGAAAGAGAAGUUGAUUUCAGCACCCGGUCAAAGGGAUAAGAAGGGCAGUGAAAACUUGGUAGCAGACCACUUGUCUCGACUUGAGACCACAGAGCGAGGAACUGAUCAAAUCGUUCAUCGUUGCAUACCUGAGGAAGAAGUGCCCUUAAUACUAGAACAUUGUCAUUCAUCUAUAUACGCAGGGCAUUUUGGUGCUUUAAAAAUAGCGGCGAAGAUCCUUCAGUCAGGUUUUUACUGGCCUAUGUUGUUUAGGGAUGCCUUUGAAUUAUUGAAAAUGUGUGACCGAUGUCAACGCAUCGGGAAUAUAUCUAGGAGAAAUGAAAUGCCUCUAAAUAGUAUUUUGGAUGUGGAACUAUUCGAAGUUUGGGGGAUCGACUUCAUGGGGUCAUUUCUCCCAUCAUUCUCUAAUCAGUACAUAUUGGUGGCUGUGGAUUACGUAUCGAAGUGGGUGGAAGUCAUUGCAUUGCCUACCAACGAUGGGAAGGUUGUGAUUGAUUUUCUAAAGAAAAAUAUUUUCACCCCUUUGGCACACCGAGAGCUAUAA